GCGCUCCCGGCCGCAGUCACAGAGACACAGGAUAGGUCGGGUAGGAAGGGACUUUUUGGGGCAUCUGGUCCAACCUCCCUGUCCAGACAGUCAUGAAAACACAUGGUACAGGAUUGUGCCCUGACGGUUCUGGAAUAUUCCCCGUGAGGGAGGCUCCACAUCCUCUCGGGACACUCUGUUCCAGCGCUCGGGCACUCGCGCAGUGAAGAAAUCCUGUCUCGUGUGUUCGGGUGGAACUUGCUGUGCAUCAGUUUCUGCCCGUUGCCUGUACUCCUGUGGCUCGGCACCACGAGCAGUGCCCGCUCCUUUCCGUGACGGUUGCCCCGGACAGGGACACACCGCCCGCCCCGAGCCCCGCCGCACUACAGCUCCCGGCAGCCCCCGCGCCGUGACUCGGCCGGGGCGCCGCGGCGCGGGCCGGGAUGGAGUGAGGGGCGAGCGGCGGACAGAGCGCGGCCCUGCGGCCCCCGCCCGUGUCUCGCUCCGCCCCGGGUCUAUGCGGCCCCCCGGAGACCAUGGGAUCCAGGAUCAAACAAAAUCCAGAAACUACCUUUGAGGUGUAUGCAGAAGUGACCCACUCAGGAAUCAGUUGCAUUGGGAAAGAUCCUGAGGUGCGGAGGCAAUUCCCAGAGGGCUACAGUGACCAGGAAGUUCUACAGACUCUGACCAAGUUUUGUUUCCCCUUCUAUGUGGACAGCCAUGCCAUUAACCAAGUUGGGCAGAACUUCACGUUUGUGCUCACAGACAUUGACAGCAAGCAGAGGUUUGGCUUCUGUCGCUUAUCUUCAGGGGCCAAGAGCUGCUUCUGUAUCUUAAGUUACCUCCCGUGGUUUGAAGUCUUUUAUAAACUGCUCAAUGUCUUGGCAGAUUAUUCAGCAAAAGGACAGGAUAGUCAGAGGAGUGAGCUCCUAGAAACAUUUCAUAAACUCACCAUCCCUGAGCCCGGAACCUCUGUUCAUCUUGGAGUGCACUCUUACUUUACUGUGCCUGACACCAGAGAGCUUCCCAGUAUACCUGAAAAUAGAAAUCUGACAGAGUAUUUUGUAGCAGUUGAUGUCAACAACAUGCUGCAUCUCUACGCCAGUAUGCUGUACGAGCGCCGCAUCCUCAUCUGCUGUAGUAAGCUGAGCACUUUAACUGCCUGCAUCCAUGGGUCUGCAGCCAUGCUCUACCCCAUGUUCUGGCAGCACGUUUACAUUCCUGUCCUGCCCCCACAUCUCCUGGACUACUGCUGUGCCCCCAUGCCCUACCUCAUUGGAAUACACUUAAGUUUGAUGGAGAAAGUAAGAAGCAUGGCCCUGGAAGAUGUGGUGAUCCUUAACGUAGACACCAACACACUGGAAACCCCUUUCGAUGACCUUCAGAGCCUCCCCAAUGACGUGGUUUCUGCACUGAAGAACAGAUUGAAGAAAGUCUCUACAACCACUGGAGAUGGUGUUGCAAGAGCGUUUCUAAAAGCACAAGCAGCUUUCUUUGGGAGCUACAGAAACGCCCUGAAAAUUGAACCUGGUGAACCCAUCACUUUCUGCGAAGAAGCAUUCGUGUCCCACCGUUCGUCUGUGAUGAGGCAGUUCCUGCAGAAUGCCAUCCAGCUCCAGCUCUUCAAGCAGUUCAUUGAUGGGCGUCUGGAUCUGCUGAACUCCGGGGAGGGCUUCAGUGACGUGUUUGAAGAGGAGAUAAAUAUGGGAGAAUAUGCAGGUAGUGACAAACUGUACCACCAGUGGCUGUCCACAGUGAGGAAAGGAAGUGGAGCCAUUUUAAACACAGUAAAGACCAAGGCUAACCCUGCCAUGAAGACUGUCUAUAAGUUUGCAAAAGAUCAUGCAAAAAUGGGAAUAAAAGAAGUGAAAAACCGCUUGAAGCAAAAGGACAUUGCUGAGAACGGGUGCUCGGCAGCGCCCGAGGAGCCCCUGCCAAGGACGGCACCAUCGCCACUGGUUGAGAAGAAGGACCCGAAAUUAAGAGAGGACAGAAGACCAAUCACAGUACAUUUUGGUCAGGUUCGCCCCCCAAGACCUCAUGUGGUUAAGAGGCCCAAGAGCAACAUUGGUGUGGAGGGCCGGAGGACCUCAGUUCCCAGCCCAGAACACCUCGUAAAGCCCAUGCGACACUAUACAGUCUUCCUCUCUGAGGACUCCUCUGAUGAUGAAUUUCAGCAGGAAGAGGAUCCUGUCUCUGGCUUCUCUGAAAACUUUUUCUUCUCUGCUCCUUUCGAAUGGCCUCAGCCGUACCGGGCGCUGAAGGAGUCGGACAGUGCCGAUGGGGAGGACGUGGGCAGCCCAGAGAAAGCGAGAGAGCCGCUGCCCCCGAGCCCUCUGCUCUCCAGCAAGGCCUCAGAAGUCAACCUCCUGGAAGACAUCUUCCCCAGCUUGGAAGUAGGAGCCCAGCCCCAGCCCCUCAGCCAGGCCAAGAGCCUGGAGGACCUGCGGACACCCAAGGAGGAGGCAGAGCAGCGCUGCUCCUUUGAAUACCAGAGAAUGGAUCUUGGUGCGUCUGAGAGGAACAGGAUUGUGCCAAGCAUGAAGCUGUCCCACCCUUUCAACAAGCUGUGGAGUAUGGGCCAUGAUGAUAUGGCUAUUCCCACCAAAUAUUCCCAAAGCUCACCUGAAAGACCCUUGGCUGCCCUGAGUAACAUGCCCCCCAUCACCAGGAGACCCCAGAGCAGAGACAGUGGUCUGGCUCCUGCAGAAAAGGAUGAAUCCAAUCCUGCCAUUCAAGGGAACAUAACCAUUCCUAGGCCACAGGGAAGAAAGACUCCAGAGCUGGGGAUCGUGCCGCCACCACCAGCACCCAGGGCUUCCAAGCACCAGGCUCCAGCUGGGUCAGCGGAAAUCCUCACCCCUCAUGGGCGUAGCCACUUGGUUUCAGAUCUCAUCCCAGAGCCCUUUGGGGCUGGGAAUGUGUCCUUAGACCCCGAAUCGCAGCAGUGUGUAAAUGCCUGCUCUCACCCGUCGCGGCUGCUGUGCGGUGCUGCCGGCAGCGCUGAGAUGCUGCAGCCCGUGCGGGUGAAGGCGGAAGGUGCAGGCAACGAGAGCGAGCUCCUGCUGAGCCUGCUGGACCCGCUGAGAACCACGGCCUGGCCGGGCAGGGCCCCGCAGGGCUCGGCCCCCGCGCCCGCCUUCGGCGCCCUGCCCAGUGACUUUGUGCCUCCUCCGGCUGCAGCGUUUGCCCAGCCCCUUGGCUAUCCUGCCCCAGCUCCAGCACCUUUUCUACAGCCCUCCCCAAAUCCGUUCACCCAGACACUGCCAGGAGCCCUUCCAGUGUCCCUGGUCAGACCCCCGAGGGGCUCCUUUACCCCCUCCUUAGGUCACGCGUACAGCUCCAGCUUCAUAACCCCCACUGCCGGCUUCUACCCACCACAGAGACCUCAGCCCCACAUGGCCACACUCUCCAUGCCAAACCUGUUCAGCCAGGCUCCAGCUGUGCCAGCAGCUGGCUCCCUGCUCGUGCAGAGCCACAGCCCUUCUCCCACCAGCUCCCUCCAGCCAGCGUGUCUGGGUGGUCCCUCCAAACCCCGAACGUUACAGGUGAGCCAGCCCAGCACAAAGGUAGAUCCCACACAAGCCCUGGCUCUUCUGGCCAGUGAACCCCCUCUGGUCCCUGCCAGGCCAGCCAAGGGCUUGGAGUCAGUGUUACUGUCCUCAAAAUCUGAGGAGACAAAAGAUCCAUUUGAAGAUCUGUUAAAACAGACCAAGCAGGACGUGUCACCCACACCAGGUAAGGUGGAGCAGCUCAGAAAGCGAUGGGAAACCUUUGAGUGAAGUGUCCCAUGGCCUUGGUGUCCUUUUGGAAGUGACAGAGGGAUUUUUUGGUUUUUUUGAGCCAGCAUAAAACCAAGCAUUUCUUUUAAGGAAGGCUGAGCCAGGACCGCUGCAGGACCAUCGCUGAGCUGCAACCCAACACGAGAGCUUUUUGCCCACAGGUCAGAGUCCCCGUUGUCCCAGUCCCUGACACUGCUCUCUCACUCCCCGCCACUGAACCCUGGGAUUCCUGCACUGACCAAAGCGUGAGGGGAGGUG